GGUUCCGAACUUGAUGUCGCUUGUGGGUCCAAAAUCACCUGAUCCCCUUGUCCUCCUCGUCCAUCUCCCAACCUCACCCAUACCAUACCCCUUCUGGCCGCGUCAGCCACCAUGGGCGCCUACUACGACGAGAUCGAGAUUGAAGACAUGGCUUGGGACGCCGCGAAGGGCGUAUUCCACUACCCGUGCCCCUGCGGCGACCGCUUCGAGAUCUCGCGCAGGCAGCUCGCGAACUACGAGGACAUCGCGACGUGCCCGAGCUGUAGCCUGAUCAUUCGUGUGAUCUUCGAUCCGGUGCGUGGUGGUUGUAUACUCAAUGGGCUGGGGAGCUGACGUGGAUUACAGCUUGACUUUGAAGACGAGGAAGACGACGACGAGGAGGGCGUGAGCGAGGGGAGCGAGAAGGAUAGCGAGGAUGAG